AUAUUCCCCUCCAACUAGCAAGCAGAAUACUCACCACAAGUCAAGAUGCCGGUUACUUUGACUACUUCCAGCUCCAAACCAGAGGCGUGGGGUGGAGCCAAGGCAGACACGGCGGAAUCUCUCUUGGAGGAGUCCUGUCCAGAAAAUGCCCGUCGCUGCAAACAGUUGUUCCAGAGCUCUUUCACCCCGCAACAACUCGCAGAAAACCACAUCAGCUCCUCUUCAAAUGGACUUGUCCAUGCCGUGUACCGGGCAUAUAGCCACCACCACCAUCUGACCCUGCGACCCGAGGACGUGUGGUUCGCCAUCCUCUCCCAACUGAGCUUCUACAUCAACGAACAUGCCGAAGAUUUGCGGUCGCAUUUCGUGGCCCAUGAAGGCAAGGAGGAACUUUCUGUCAGGGCAGUCGGGACAAUUCAUUCAGUCGACUUGGGUGCAUUGGCAGUUCAGAUGACAGAAGAAAUUCAGAAAAAGGUCGUGGAUCCCGAACUACGGACGUGGCUCAUGCCGGCAUUCAGCACCACCACCGUCAGUGACCAGAUUGUAGCAGCUGUCCUGAUGAUGGGUGCCAUGCAGCAAUACUUCUCCUAUGCGGCCUAUCUCAUGUGUGGGAUCCCCAGUGUGACGUUGGAGGGAGAGCGGGAAGACUGGGUACAGCUGCUAAGCAAACUGGACAAGCUCCCCGACUUGGGUGCGGAGCCCGCUCAAUUUGCUCGCCUUCUCCGACCUGUCCUGCACAGAUUCAUUAUCUCCUUUGACAAGCCCACUUCAGACUCGGUUCGGGAAUUCUGGGGCUUAUGCGCAGAUCGAAUCUCUGGCGGAAGCGGCCCCUCCUACCUCUCGGGAUGGAUUACCGCGUUCUGCUACUGGAAUGAAAAAGGUCAGCCCAUGGACAAGGGAACGCCGGGAUGUGAAUUGGAUGGUGUCCAAUUUCAUCGUGUCGACUUCACGGACAUCCCCGGCGCGUUCGCCUCAGUCCCUAUGAAGGUUAAUGACAAUGGCACGGAAUAUGAAACGGAACUAGUCGCCGGAGUAGUAGGCAUUCAUGCAAGCUGUGGUAGACAGACGAUGGCUGCUGUUGGAGAUACAGAUGCCCGGCACGACAUGAUCCAGCCGGCUUCGGGGUGGUGGAUAUAUGAGAAGGAAGCUGCUGCAGAGAACCCGGAAUGAAUCCACCACCGCGUGGACUUGGUAAUUUGCUUAGUAUACAUCAAAGCUUUGGAUGAUAGGUCAUUCGAGGAUACCAUACCCAUUUCAUAACUUCUCAUUCAUCCCCCUUUCGUAAAUUGUCGAUUGCAGGCCCAAUAAGCACGAGGUGGAUGCCAACGAUUUGAAAUUCCACCUGCGCUAUGGCCUAAGCACGGCAAGGCCUAUGCGAAUGUGAAGGAGGAAUUCUCUUGGGAUCCGGAUGGCACUAAGGACAUGCCCUAGAACGUCCUCGCAGGGCCUCAAUUGUGCCGG